UUAAGUUUCUAAAUUAAUUUUUAUUUGCCAAUUCCUUUUUUAAAUUUUUAAUGUUGACAUAAAAUUAUUUGCAGAAUGUACAACUGUUAAAUGUGGGCACUCUAUAGAUUAACGGCUUUGCGGACAGCCAACGAAUGUCAUCGCACAACAGAUUAACAAAAACAAAUGUAAAUUUAUAUGAGCAUCUUCUCUUCGGUAGUGAUUAAAGUAAUUUAUACACAUGAAAUAAAAAAUUAAAAGCCACAAAAACGCGUAAAUUCAAUAAAGCACUCAUAAUAAAUCAUACGUACAAUGGAGGAAGAGUUGGUACCCCGUUUGCCAGUUGACAGCGAAACUAUUGACUUUCAAGGCUGGCAUAUAAGCUACCUCAAAUCACAUAUACUUAAAAGUAUCUGCAAGAAGGGUCAAGAUGGCACUUGCAACAAAGGAGAAGAUGAAUGCUGUGAAUUAUGCACAUAUCGCUACGCACUUGAACUGCCUCACCUGCCCGAUAUGGUUUUCCAUAAAAAUAAAUUAUCAUUAAAACAUAAAGAUGGCGCUCUGCUAGAGUUUUUACCAAUGGAUUCUCUACGUUUGGUGGAGAAUGGCAAGCAGGCGCUACAAGUAGCUUGUGCACAGGAGUGGAAAGAAAGCAGACCUGAUUGUCAUAUGGAGGAGAAAUUUAAACCUUUCGAUUGGACGUUUACCACAGACUAUCAGGGCACACUGAAUGAGAAAUUCCGUGUAGAGGCGUCAGAUUUAUCGUUAAAUAAAUUUAAAUUAAUGCAAAGAGAGAAAAUACUAUUCUAUCACGACCUCACUCUUUUCGAAGAUGAGUUGCAUGACAAUGGCAUAUCUUCGUGUUCAGUGAAAAUUCGUGUUAUGCCAUCGGGUUUCUUCAUUUUGCUUAGACAUUUCCUACGCGUCGAUAAUGUGCUGCUUAAAAUGCACGAUACACGUUUCCAUUAUGAGAUCGAAAAUAAUUAUAUAUUCAAGGAGUUUACAAAGCGCGAGGCCACAUACAAUGAGCUGAAGAAUGUACCACCGCCAUUUUUCACAGUACCCAAUGAAAUUGAGAACUAUUUACCAAUUAAGGCAAAACAAGCUUAUAAAUUAUAUUUCAAUUAAAGAGUUUUUUUAUCUUAAACAUACAUAUGAAAAUAUAAUAAUUUAAAAGUAAAUCUUUAAAAACUGACAGUUUGGGGCAAGUAUA